AUGCAUUUCCACCUCCAACAAUUGCUCUUGGCCGGCAUCGCCGUUGCGGCCUCUCUACCUCAGAGAGCACAGAGCUGCAACGGCUCGCCAGAUCUCUGCGAUCGGCUCUACAGCAAUGUGGCAUAUGUGGGCUCGCAUGAUUCCGCCUUCGUCGGUAUCCUGCCGACCCAGAACCAGUAUAUCUCAGUUGCCGACCAGCUCAGCCUUGGCGUGCGUUUUCUGCAGGCCCAGUCUCACAACAAGAAUGGUGUGAUUGAGCUGUGCCACACUACCUGCGCUGAGGAAGACGCCGGCACUCUGGCUACUUACCUUGCCAGUGUUAAGACCUUCCUGGACGACAACCCAAACGAGGUCGUGACCCUGCUCCUGACGAACGGCGACAGCAUUGCCAUCGCCGACUACGGAACCGUCUUCACGGCGGCGGGCCUCGACACGUAUGCCUAUGCUCCAUCCGGCACGCCCGCACUGGCCGACUGGCCCACACUUGGGGCUCUCAUCUCUAGCGGCAAGCGCCUCAUCGUCUUCAUGGAUUACCACGCCGACAGAACAAAGGUUGACUACAUCCUCAGUGAAUUCACGUUCAUCUACGAGACGCCAUACGACACAACGGAUGCCGAUUUUCCCGAAUGCACCAUCGACCGGCCCUCUGGCGGCAGUGCGACUGGGCGCAUGGGUCUUGUCAACCACUUCCUUGAUGUUGACAUUAAUCUCUUCGGCAACGAUAUCCUCGUUCCCGACGCGACGGCAGCGUCUACGACCAAUUCCUUGUCAUCCAUCACGGCGCAGGCAAAUUUGUGCUUGAAUGAACAUGGCCGCUUGCCCAACUUCAUUCUGCUCGACUUUAUCAAUAAGGGCAACGCAAUAGCUGCUCAGAACCAACUCAAUGGCCUUUAA